GGCUGCUGCGGGAAACGAAACCGAAAUGGGCCUCACAGCCAUCUUCGGCGGUUGCCCGGCGCCGCCUCCCCUCGUCGGCACAGCUGCGGGUGGGGGUUUCUUUUUUUUUUCCUCUUUAUUUUCUCAUAAAAUAAUUUGGCGUGCGGAUGAGGCUGAGGUAAGAGAGUUUUUUUUCCAAACUCCUCUUCCUGCCCUUCACUCAGAGAGCACUUGUAAAAUGAGGUCACUGAGCAGGGGCUCCCUCGGAGUUGGGGAGGAAGGAACCCGGCUCCCCGUGUUUAUUGGAAAAUAAGUCCCAUGGUGGCAGCCGAGUGAGGCGGUUUAGUGAAAGGGAAAUUUGAGUUGGCCUCGGGGUGUGUUUGGUGAAGAUGGGGAGCUUUAUAAAGAUGGGACUGGCAUAGGAAGAACUGUCUCUGUGACGAUGGGUCAUGAGGGAGCAGGCAGGAUGGGCCCUGUCUCGUGUUCCAUGUCUUUAUCCUCUCAGUUUCACAGCCAGCUGUUGUCAAAUAAUUGGAAUAUAUGCUGUGCUGGGUUCCUUAUUUUUAAAAAGCAUAUUGAAAGUUUAGUCUAAUGUCCUGCACCCUGGGGGAGCGGCACAGCUGUGUGCGAUAGGAGUGGAACUUGGGCUGCAGUCCAAAAAAACUGUUGCCAGCUGCACACCUGUCCCAAUUUCUGUGCAUGUUAUCUGCGUGUGUAGUGUGAUGCUUUACCUCCGCAGGUCAUCUAGUGCCCAAGGAGAAAAAGACACUUGGGGUUUCAGACUCCUUUGGCUACGAAUCUGAAAAUUAUUAUGAGCCUGUUGCAGCUCUGCUGUCUGACCACGUGAGCUGCUCCAGUUCACCUCCUCAUGCUCCCUUACCUCCUCGUGCUUCUGUUUCUCAGGUUGCAAAGCAUGUGUGAGAUUCUUCUCUCCCUCAGGGCAGAGAGGGAGUGGAGCUCACUGUGUUUGGGAAGCACAUCUUGAACAUCACGUGCUGGAAUCUCGUCCAACAGAAGCAGAGGGUCGCUCUUGGCAAAGCUGCUUCUCAUGGUUGACUUUACCUGCUGGUGCUAUGCUGGGCAGACAGAGUUUGCUGUUUAUGUUUGCAGGAAUAAUUUAAGACUCCUAGAAAAGUAGAAAACAGGCUUGUAAGGAGAAGAUGCUUGAAAUACCUCAGUGUCAGGGAAGCUGUUUAAACUGCGUUUUUGGAAUCCUGUAGUUGUGUAACUAUCACCAAAUGUGAUAAAGGAAACUUAUCCAGCACCAAUUUGAUGUGAUUAAGUGACACUUCUUUAUUACAGCGCUGGGAACACGGGGGAGUCAGCUCCUCCUAAACGUGUUCUCCCAACAACAAAAUUUGUACAGUUUAUAUACUUUAUAGUUACGUAAAUUUCUAUUCUUCUAUUUAUUUUUAUACUUGUCAUGCCUAGCUAAGUUCUAUUCUUCUACUUAGUUAUAUAGUAUAUUCUUCUAUAUAGUUAUAUAGUGGUCCAGCUGCUCCACUCUUAAAUCUAAUGAAAUGAUGACGAAAUGAAUGAAAAUCUUUGAAAUGAUUGGUUCUUUCAGGUAUAUAGUGUUAUUCUACAACAAUCGUUGGUCUAUACUAUUUAGCUAUACUAGCUGGGAUAGGCAGUGUCCAGACCAAGACAGGGAGAGUGCAGGGGACUUCAAAGCAACUUUGUAUGGUCCAGUGAGAUUCCUGUGGUUCCAUUCUUUCAAACACAAUGCCCCUAACAAUUCUGGUGCACUGUGCUUCUCUACCUUUAAUCACAAACACUUCUUUUAUGUUAUCAAAUCUUGAUUAUUUUAUCAAACUGUUUGCAACACAACUGCAUCCUGAGUUGCUGUUUUGUCUCCUCAGGACAGGCAGCUCCACUCCUGGCGUGCCAGCAGCCCGGGUCCCCCGCGUGUCCCAGCGGAGCGCUAUGAUCAGAGGUGCUGGGCGAGGCAGAGGCUCGUAUCUGACUCGGGCGAGGCAUAACCACCCCGGCACUACCCGAGGUUUUUAUAACCACCCUUGUACCCCACAAGAAACUAACCAGGGCACCUUUUUGCACCAGCAGUUCCUGACAGAGCAGGACACUGCGGUCUGCCCGCUGCAGGGGCAGGGACCACACGAGGAGGCUGUGGCACCGGCUCCUGCAGGGACACAUCGGCCUGGCCGUGGCAGGGCAGGGGGCUGGAGGUUCUCUAGUCAGCGGCAAUACCGUGGGAAUUCACCACGGUAUUGCCCUCCACAGCACUGUCUUCAGGAGAACCCAGGGAGAGACUCUGACACUAUCAGGCUGAAUUUCCAGAGACUGUCUCUUGCCAGGCAAGACUGCGAACAAGAAAUUCUGACUAUUUUCAGGCAGCUCGGGGAGGGAAGGACUUGCACAGUUCAUGAUCUCACACACAAACUUAAAACUCAAAAGAAAGAGGUCAACCGCAUUUUGUAUAAACUCCUCAGAGAAGGCAAGUUGCACAAGGGGGGAGAGACGCCGCCGCUGUGGAGGAUUGCCAGCCCCAGCUCAGGGAGGGAGAGAAGCCCUGCUGCCCACAGUGCCGGCUGCACAGAUCCAGCUUGUGAGAGCAGAGGAGAAGAGAGGAGCACACUUGGCUCAGGAGACACAGAGAUGGCUGAGACGAAGGAGAAAAUCUGCAACUACUUGUUCAGCGUGCCGGAAACAACGGCACUCAACCUUGCCAAAAACAUUGGGUUUUCAAGGGCCAAGGACGUUAAUGCGUUUCUCAGUGCUCUGGAAAAGCUGGGAGAUGUCCACAAGCAGAACACAACCCCCCCACGGUGGUCCCUGACAGACAGGAAACGUGAGAGGAUGCAGAUGAGGCUGAAGGCCAGCAUAUUAAUCCAGAAGGUGAAUCCCACACCUCCUGAGUCGGGUCCUUCCCCUUCCUCUGUCCCUGUGUGUCCCCAGGAGAUGACAGCAGCUUUGCCAGCAGCGAUGGCAUCAAAAGAAGAAAGUGUAGAAAAUGGACAGCAGCCUUUGGGGCAGCCUGGUCAGGGCAAUGGCAGCGACAUGGGAGCGGACACAGCUGAGGACACCAAGCCUGAGUUCUCCAGUUUGAGUAAUUAUGAUAACUCAGAAAACGGCAAGUGGACCACGGAUGAUAUCCCAGAUAAUCUGAACACUAUCAACAAGCAGCCUGACAAGUCAAAAUGCGUCAUGAAUUCUCAGUCUUCCCCCAGUUAUGCUGCCCAGUUUGAAGCUGCUUUGCCAUGUACGCCCGUAGAGAAAUUGAUGGCUUGUCAGGAGAAGAACCCAGUGAGUGGCCUUACUGAAUAUUCCCAGUACACGUACCAGCACUGUGAGUUCAUCAUGCUGGAGCAGAGUGGACCCUCUCAUGAGCCACGGUUUAAGUUCCAGGCAGUGAUCAAUGGGCGCCAAUUCCCACCAGCAGAAGCAGGGAGCAAAAAACUGGCUAAACAGGAGGCAGCAGCCAAUGCCAUGAAGGUCCUGAUGAGUGAAGUGGAGAAUGGAAGGCCCAGUGGGAUUAAAUGUGAGGAGCCGCUUCCCUCCAACAGCUCAGAACUGGAGUUGCCAGAGCCAGAGCUGUUGUCUGCAGCAGCUCCCCUCAGCCUGCUUCCUGGGAAGCACCCUAUCAGCGUAUUGAUGGAGUAUGGACAAAAGUCAGGGAACGUAAUUGAGUUCCAGCUGCUGUCUCAGGAAGGCCCACCUCAUGAUCCUAGGUUCAGCUACUGUGUGAAAAUGGGUGACCAAAUUUUCCCUGCUGUGGUAGGAAACAGCAAGAAGGGAGCAAAGCAAAUGGCAGCAGAAGUUGCUGUGAAGAUUCUUUCUGGAGAGUCUGUACCCCAUGUCUUGCCUGAACAGCCUGUCACGAAGCCCCACGGUGACCAGUCCGUGCACAGCUGUGGGCCGUGGAUUGCCGCUCCAGAUGAAUCCAAGGUGGUGAAAGCAAAGGGUGUUGGGGAGCUCAUCAAAUAUCUUAAUGUCAAUCCUGUCAGUGGCCUGCUGGAAUAUGCCCGCUCCAAUGGGUUUGCUGCAGAGUUUAAACUCAUUGACCAGUCAGGACCUCCCCAUGACCCCAAGUUUGUCUAUCAGGCGAAGGUUGGAGGCCGCUGGUUCCCAGCUGUGACUGCACACAGCAAAAAGCAGGGCAAGCAGGAGGCAGCGGAUGCAGCGCUGCGAGUCCUGAUCGGGGAGUCGGAGAAGGUGGAGCGCAUGGAAGGGAUGAACAUCACUGAGCUCCCUGUGAGUGGCAGCACCUUGCACGAUCAGAUGGCCAUGCUGAGCCACCAGCGCUUCAACAGCCUCACCGCUCGCAUCCAGCACAGUCUGCUCGGGCGCAAGAUCCUGGCUGCCAUCGUCAUGAGGAGAGCAAAUAAGGGCUUGGGAGUGGUGGUCAGCAUCGGAACAGGUAAUCGUUGUGUGAAAGGAGAAGAGCUGAGCUUGAAGGGGGAGACAGUAAAUGAUUGUCAUGCAGAAAUCAUUUCUCGAAGAGGCUUUGUGAGGUUUCUCUACAGUGAGCUGAUGAAGUAUGACCUGUCUAAUCCUUCCUCUGCAGAAGAGAGCAUUUUUGAGCCAGCGGGAGGAAAGAGGCUCAGAAUAAAGAGCAGUGUUACCUUUCACCUCUAUGUCAGCACAGCCCCGUGUGGAGACGGAGCCCUCUUUGAUAAAUCCUGCAGCGACCAGGCGAGCAUGGUGGGGCAGCCCCAGCACCAGCCUCUCUUUGAGAACCCCAAGCAAGGCAAGCUGCGGACCAAGGUGGAGAAUGGGGAAGGUACCAUUCCCGUGGAGUCAAGUGACAUUGUGCCCACGUGGGAUGGGAUCCAACACGGGGAGCGGUUACGAACCAUGUCCUGCAGUGACAAAAUCUUGCGCUGGAAUAUACUUGGCUUGCAAGGGGCACUGCUGUCACACUUCCUGGAGCCAGUUUAUCUCAGCUCUGUCACGCUCGGUUACCUGUACAGUCAGGGUCACUUGACCCGUGCCAUCUGCUGCCGCAUGGCGAGGGAUGGGAACAUACUAAAGGAAAAGCUCCAGGCUCCGUAUCACAUUAACCAUCCUGAGGUUGGGCGAGUCAGUGUGUACGACUCUGCCAGGCAGACGGGCAAGACCAAGGAGUCAUCAGUGAACUGGUGUCUUGCUGAUGCAAGCGAAGUUGAAGUCUUGGAUGGCACCAAAGGGAAAGUAGAUGGCCCAAAGCUGGAAGUGUCUCGUGUGUCCAAGAGGAAAAUGUUCACCUUGUUCCAGCAGCUGUGUGCCAAGAACAACCGUGAAGACCUGCUGAAGCUCUCUGUGUACUCAGAUGCCAAGGAGGCAGCCACGCUGUACCAGGCAGCCAAGCAGUGCUUCUUCAGCACGCUGGAAGAGCUGGGCUAUGGCAGCUGGAUCCGCAAACCCCAAGAGGAGGAGAAUUUCUCUGUCCUUGAUACAUAGGGAAGCGCCCUGCAAGGGGUGGGAGGUGAAUGUACACAGUCUGCACUUGUCCUUCUUCCACCACCACCUUCUUGGAGUGGAGUCAGGAGCGUGCAGCAGUUUCCCCAUAGGCCUGGCUGCCUCCUCCCUGACCCUCAGACCCUGCCUUUUUAAAAUGUGCAUGUAAAUGAUUCUCCUUUUUUUAAAGUGAGGGCAGGCUCAGUCCCCCUUAGCUUUUGUAGUUUUGCCUCCCCUUUUUUUGUUUUUAAAAGAAGGCACAAUAAACCAAAGGGAUUCUCAGACUGUGAGCUUGAAACCUUUGAACCGUACACUGCAGAUCCCUCUGGCAGGUUUUGAGGCAAAUUUUUCUCUUUUGAGGAAAAAAAAACCCCAAACAAGCUGCCUGGCUGGUUUUCUCUGUCUCUGUUGGAAGGUGACUGGUAGCCUGGCCAAGCUGGGACACAGGACUGACCUCUGCAAGCCACAGCAGGACUAGCAUAACGUUCUCCAUUAAUAACAAAUUUCUGUAGUAUUGGC